UCUCCGUCGCCGGCUGAUCAGUUCAGUGCUCACGCUGUGCAUGAGCCAGUAAAUAUGUGCAGUAAAUAAGAUUGUUGCUUGCAUGUUUGGAAAAUUCAAACAUCCUAUUGAAAACGUGUUUUAAUUUGUGUAUGCUCGGUUGCUCAUCAGAUCACCUAAGGAUACAGGACCGUUUUAUCCCGUAAUGUCGAUCCAACUAGGUAAGCUGUGUUCCUGCAUACUGCAGCAACACUUUGGCGAUGUUGUGCGUAUGGUGGCGGAUGAUCUUUUCUCUGCCGUCGCUAAGACCCUUUCGAUGGUUAUCAAAAGCACUGGACUAUCCAAAUCUGAGGUUUGCAAGGCUCUUGCCAUUCUGAUGAAAUUCGGACUUGCACGCCAUCAACCGAACAAGGCCGGCACAGUCACCGAAUACAUCCUGGACUACGAGAAGGUCUUGAUGGUUCUUCGCUAUCCCCGAUUCGUGCAUUUAAUCCAGACCAAGUACGGCCCAGAAUCAGCCACAUUGACGGAGGAACUGCUAAGGGCCGGUUGCCAAACGGCUUCCUAUGUAAUUCUCAAGGCUACCGCUAUUUCCGACGUGAAAGACAAAAACACCGUUACUAAAUUUCGCGAAAAAUUUGGCGAUCUGGUCGCAAAAAAUUACUUCAUCCGUGCACCGGAUUCCAAACCGAUCGAUGCCACAAACGAACUAGUGAUGUUAGAUUACGAAAGCCCGAAUCUUUUCCAAAUGCCAGAACUAGACCUUCGCAAGCUGUUGGAUCUCCAGGAAGGUAAAUCUACUAAAGCUCCCGAUGAAGGCAUUCACUGGUUGGUCAAUUUGGAAAAGUUUCAUCUCGAUUUUCGUGAUUCGAUCAUUGUCAAUGCCGCAGAACGACUCAUCGAUCCUAGCGCCGGGGAGUGCCUCAAAUACCUCUUUCAACUCAUGUACACCCGGACCAAACCGUGGGAAAUGGUUUCCAAUCCGAUUCCAAUGGUAGAACUUAAGCAACUCUGUGAGAAAAAGUCUAACAAUUUGGAGAUGAUCAAAUUUCUUGAUCAGUACGUCGCCGUUAUCGAAUCGGUAAACUUUGUCAGUAAAUUCGGUGACACCGGAGGUGGCCAAUACACGGUCAAUAUGAAGAAAAUCCUCGAACAACUCACAUGGAGUUGCAUCGAGAACAUCAUCACCGAAAAGUAUGGCUCGAAAGCCGCCAGAAUUUUUCGGGUGAUUCGGAUGAAGAAAUACAUCGAGCAGGAAGACAUCCAGAAGGAAGCGAUGAUCCCUGCAAAGGAAGCCAAACAGCUAACCUACAAGUUAUUGGAAGAGAACUUCCUCCAAAUUCAGACAUUUCGCAAAACGGGCGGCGGAAAUGCCGGUGCCCCAAAGUCUUUCUUUCUGUUCUACGUGAACCAGACGCAAAUUGUUUCCAUGCUGUUGGAAAUUUGCUACAAAGCGUUGUACAACUCCAUCACCCGCUCGACGCACGACAAGACGGUUAACAAACGACUGAUUGAGAAAAGUCAGCGCCUGGACAGCAUCGUGGAGGCAAUGAAGGACCGCGGUGAGUCGGAGGAGUAUAUUGCGGAAAUACAGGAAACGUUGACGCCGCCGGAGAAGGAGAUCCUGCAGAAGGUGAAAAUCAGAGUUAAAAGCUUGUACAGUGCGGAGAUUGGCAUCGAUGAAACGAUUUUCUUGCUAAAGUUGUAUCAACAGUAUCAAAGAAAGUAAAGUAGUGCUAACGUUGCACAAAUUGAAGUAUUUAUCCAAUCCGUACCUAUAUCCUUGAUAUAAAUAGAUAAUAGCAUUAA